AUGGUGCUCGUCAAGGAAUUCCGCGUGGUCCUGCCCUGCUCCGUGCAAGAGUAUCAAGUCGGGCAGCUGUAUUCUGUGGCCGAAGCCAGCAAGAACGAGACGGGGGGCGGCGAAGGGAUCCAGGUCCUGAAGAACGAGCCCUACGAGAAGGAUGGCGAGACUGGCCAGUACACCCACAAGAUCUACCACCUGAAGAGCAAAGUCCCUGGUUUUGUGCGAAUGAUUGCUCCCGAAGGCUCGCUGGUCUUCCACGAAAAGGCCUGGAACGCGUACCCAUACUGCCGGACGGUCGUCACGAACGAAUACAUGAAAGAGGACUUCGUCAUCAAAAUUGAGACAUGGCAUAAGCCGGACUUGGGGAGUUCGGACAACGUCCACGAGCUGGAUCCAGAUACAUGGAAGAGCAUUGAAGUUGUUCACAUUGACAUUGCUGACCGAAACCAAGUGGAACCAGGAGACUACAAAGCUGACGAGGACCCAGCACUUUUCCAGUCAGUCAAGACCAAGAGAGGCCCUUUAGGACCCAACUGGAAGAAGGAGCUGGCAGCUGAUGAGGACUGUCCCAAAAUGUGCGCCUACAAGUUGGUGACGAUCAAAUUUAAGUGGUGGGGAUUGCAGAAUAAAGUCGAGAACUUCAUUCAGAAGCAAGAAAAGAGGAUCUUCACCAACUUCCAUCGGCAGCUCUUCUGCUGGAUUGACAAGUGGAUCGAUCUCUCUAUGGAAGACAUCCGGCAGAUGGAGGAUGAAACCCAGAGAGAGCUGGAAGCGUUGCGUAACCAAGGUCAGGUGAGAGGGACGAGCGCCGCCAACGAUGAAUGA